AUGAGACUUUUCAAGCUAAAAGCUGGCCUGGUUACUAGCACAUUCUUGCUCACAUCAGUGCCAAUUGUCGUCGCCGACUGCGCUCUUCCAUCGACUUACAGUUGGACAUCAACUGGCGCUCUUGCAAAUCCUAAGUCCGGAUGGACGGCAAUCAAAGACUUCACCAAUGUGGUCUUCAAUAACAAACAUUUGGUCUAUGCAUCCACCACCGACAUAAGUGGGAACUAUGGCUCGAUGAACUUCGGCACCUUUUCGGAUUGGUCUGGCAUGGCGUCUGCGAGCCAAACUGCAAUGAGCUUUACAGCUGUUGCGCCUACCUUGUUCUACUUCCAGCCAAAGAAUAUCUGGGUCCUGGCCUAUCAAUGGGGCUCGAGCACGUUUACCUACCGAACUUCAAGUGACCCUACCAAUGCUAAUGGAUGGUCAUCGGAGCAAGCCCUUUUUUCAGGGAAAAUCUCCGGCUCAAGUACUGGCGCCAUUGAUCAGACUCUUAUCGGGGAUGCUACGCAUAUGUAUCUUUUCUUUGCGGGAGACAAUGGCAAGAUCUAUCGUUCUAGCAUGCCUAUUAACAAUUUCCCUGGAAACUUCGGAACAACAUCAGAGGUGGUGCUGAGUGAUACUCAGAACAAUCUAUUUGAGGCGGUCCAAGUGUACACCUUGAAAGGUCAAAACAAGUACCUGAUGAUCGUCGAGGCAAUUGGAUCACAAGGGCGAUAUUUCCGUUCAUUCACUGCCAGUAGUCUUGGCGGUUCGUGGACGGCUCAGGCAGCAAGCGAGAGCAAGCCCUUCGCCGGGAAAGCCAACAGCGGGGCAACCUGGACAAACGACAUUAGUCACGGCGAUUUGGUUCGUUCCAACCCUGACCAAACAAUGACCAUCGACCCAUGCAACCUGCAGUUCCUCUAUCAGGGACGAAACCCAAAUUCCGGUGGCAACUAUAAUUCCCUACCAUGGAGUCCGGCUGUGCUCACUUUGAAGAAAUAA